AUGGCGAGCAAGCGGGCCACCACGCGGGAGCUCCGGGCGAUGUACGACGACGAGCCCUCCUCCAUGUCCCUCGAGCUCUUCGGCUACCAUGGCGUGGUCGUCGACGGUGACGAUGAAGACGACGACACUGCCACCGCCCUGCCCCAGCUCUCCUUCGUCGACAACUUCAAAGGUGGGUGCGGGUCGGCGGCGGACUACUACAGCUGGGCGUACAACGCCUCCGGCGGGACGCCGGGCGCCUCCUCCAGCUCCACCUCGUCGGUGCUCAGCUUUGAGCAUGCCGGCGGUGCCGGUCAUCAGCUGGCUUAUAAUUCCGGCACAGGCGACGAUGACUGCGCGCUCUGGAUGGACAGCAUGGCCGAUCAUCAGCACGGCGCGGCCAGGUUUGGGUUCAUGAACCCAGGGUCGGCCGAUGUCGUCCCAGAAAUCCAGGAGAGCAGCAUCAAGCAGCCGGCCAAGUCUGCGCAGAAGCGCUCGAGCUCGGGUGGUGAGGCGCAAGCAGCGGCGAAGAAGCAGUGUGGAGGAGGCAGGAAGAGCAAGGCCAAAGUUGUCCCUACCAAGGAUCCUCAGAGCGCUGUUGCAAAGGUCCGAAGAGAGCGCAUCAGUGAGAGGCUCAAAGUUCUGCAGGAUCUUGUACCCAACGGCACGAAGGUGGACAUGGUCACCAUGCUCGAGAAGGCAAUCACCUAUGUCAAGUUCCUGCAGCUGCAAGUCAAGGUGUUGGCGACCGACGAGUUCUGGCCGGUGCAAGGAGGGAAGGCGCCGGUGCUGUCCCAAGUGAAGACCGCGCUGGACGCCAUCCUGUCUUCCCAGCAGCAACCCUAG